UUUGAUGAAGAAAAAAAAAAGGUGGUAAAAUAGUAGAAUAAAUCGGUACGUCGAAGGCCCGGCAAUUCACCCUACUUUCCGCUUUUCCCGGCUACAGCCCCUAACUACUACCCCACCAUUUCUUCUUCCAUUUUUUUAAAUAUACAAACAAAUAAACAUCAAAACCAACUAUCUUUUUUCUCUCUCUCCAGUCUCCACCUAUAUAACUUCCUCUCUCUCUAUUUAUUUCACUUCCCUCUCCCUAAUUUUUUCUUCUUAAUAUUUUUAAACUUCAAUUUAAUCAUUCAUUUUCCAUGGAAAAAGACUACUUCAUCAAUGGAGGAAUCCCUAAUCCAGCCCUUCAGUUUGAACCUACUAUGUCAUUCCCUUCUUGGAAUCCCUUACAUUCAGGGCAAUCUUUGUUUAACCCCAACUGGGAUCAUUCAACACCUCAAUUUGACUCAACUUUGAACUCGAUUGUAUCUUCUUCUCCUGCUGAGUUGAUUGGAAAACUGGGUACUGUUUGCAGCUCCCCUCAACCGAUUUUGCACAAUAACAGUUAUAGUAGACCCAUGAUGGGAAAAGAUAAUAUACCCAAUUUGGGAAGUUCACUUCCUCCUCCAUUACCUGCUGAUCCAGGUUUUGCUCAAAGAGCUGCUAAAUUUUCCUGUUUUGGGAGUCGUAGUUUCAACGGCAGAACGAGUCCGUUGGGGUUGAACUAUACGGAAUUAUCACAUAGAUCUGCUCAAACAUUGGGGAACGGAAAGUUGCCUAGAGUUUCGAGUAGCCCUUCUCUCAAGCAAGGUGGAUCCCCUUUGCAACUCAAGAAUUCGGGUCAAACCCGGAUGGAAAUGAUGUCCAAUAACUCUAACGAGUCUGUUUCAGAGCCAAGUGGGGAAACAGCAUCGAAACUUCCAACUGAAUUGAAUUCUAGUUCUAGAAAAAGAAAAACAGUUUCAAGAGGGAAAACAAAGGAAGAUUCCCCAACUGAAGGAGUUAAUGGAAACAGGGGAAGUGAAGCUGAUGAUAAUGCAAGAGCAAAGCGAUGUAAGCAAGUAGAAAGUAAUGGGAUAGAAAAUGGAAGAGUACACAUGGAAGAAUCAAAGGAUGAUGAAACCCAAAAACAAGUUAUGGAAUAUCAAAAGCCUACUGAACCACCAAAGGACUAUAUUCAUGUUAGAGCAAGGAGAGGACAAGCUACUGAUAGCCAUAGUUUAGCAGAAAGAGUGCGACGGGAGAAGAUUAGUGAAAGAAUGAAGCUUUUACAAGAUCUUGUACCUGGCUGUAACAAGGUGACAGGAAAAGCACUAAUGCUUGAUGAAAUUAUAAACUAUGUACAGUCACUCCAACGACAAGUCGAGUUCCUAUCCAUGAAGUUGGCAACAGUGAACCCAAAUUUGGAUUUCCCCCUCUCCAAGGAUAUAUGUCAACCAAAUGGCUCUGUGGCCCAUCCUGUUUUCCCAAUAGAUAAAACAUCAUCUUCUUACCAACAAGGCCGGAGCGAUAUUCCUAAUGGAGCACUAAGUCAAUGCUCAGUGGACACAUCAGAUAACUCACUAUGCCGUAGCCUGGGAAUGCAAUUGCCUCCCCUUGAUGGAUUUGCUGAAUAUCUUAAUCAGUUCCCUGAGGAUGACCUGCAAAGCUUUGUGCAGAUGGGAUUUACCCAAAACCCCAACAAGGAUAUGACACUGCAAUCACAAGGGCCUCAUCAAACGUCUCACAUGAAAAUUGAGAUGUAGUCACCAUUCAUUUGUCUAGGAAGAAAGAGACUUCUGUGUAUAGGAAGAGAUUUUUUAGUUUUAUCUUUCUUCAGAAAUUGUUAUUACUACUAAUUGACAAUAUUACCUAAAAUUUAAUUGUACGAAUUUUUUGUUUUGCUAAGUGAUGAGUAUUUAUUGUGUAAUAACAUUAUUAAGAUCCAAGAGUCAUUUGGGUGCGAACAGCACAUGUAAUUUUCUUUUUCUUUGUAAAUAAAUGAGAUAUUAAGAUGUUAUUAUCAUCA